AUGGAUCUCGGCCGCCUGCAACAAGCAACCCUUGACCUGCUAUCCGGCUCGGACAUCCAAUUCCGCCGCGAAACCCGCCUCGACAUCGCACUGGUCAAGAACCUGCCCAUCGCGCUGAUCUUCCUGCCCGCAGCCGACAUCCCCACCUUCGUCGGUGAAGGCCGCGUCGACCUAGGCAUCACAGGCCGUGACCAGGUCGCCGAGCACGACUGCACCCUCCCGCACGGCGAGACCUCUCGCGUCGAGGAGAUUCUUGACCUAGGCUUCGGCGCCUGCAAGCUGCAGGUGCAGGUGCCGGAGAAGGGCGAUAUCACCGAGGCUAAGCAGCUUAUUGGCCGCAACGUCGUUACCAGCUUCACCGCGCUUUCGCAGUCUUUCUUUGCUGGACUUGAGGGUACUGCGCCUGGUGAGAAACUCGCUACUAAGAUCAAGUAUGUGGGAGGUAGUGUCGAGGCUGCCUGUGCGCUGGGUGUUGCAGAUGGAAUUGUGGAUCUUGUCGGUAUGUUGACCCUGUCUCUGAAUGAUUGA